GAAAAGGAUGGUUGUACAAAAUAUAAUUUGGUAUUCUAUAUAUGAUAAUCGAAUUAUAACUAUGGAUAAUUCUUGUGAAGAUAUAAACAAUUCUAUAAGUGACAAAGUGACAUAUCAAAAGGUAUGUAAAUUAGAAUUGAAUGAAACUACACCAAUAUUGGGAAUGUCAAUUAGAGGAGGCAAAGAAAUGAAUAUUGGAAUAUAUAUUUCCAAGUUUAGAAUAUUGUAUAAAGUGUUGUUUGUGAUUUUGCAGUGAUAUUUAAAUGUUUUAUUAUGUAUAAUGGAUUAAAAAUUUGGAUAUAUUAAGUAUAGAUCAAGGUAGUAUAAGUGAAAUUAAUGGGAUUAAAGUUGGUGAUCAAAUUAUUACUGUCAAUGGAUAUAAUUUUCAAGGAAUAUAUCAUAGUAAGGCUGUUAAAAUUUUGCAUAAUCAUCAGAUAUUUAUAAUCAUUCUAAAAGAAAGAGGUAUUAUACCUUUAUACAGGGAAGUUUGGGAAAAAAUUUAUAUACGUAAUCAUCAUGAUGAUAAAUCCUUUAUCAGGAAUUUAAGUACAACUAGGUAUGAUUUGAAUACAUACCAAUCAAUUAAAAAUGCAAAUCACAAUUUUAAAUGCAACUCUGAUGGUAAUAAUUUACACAAGGAGCCCCCAUCUGUAUCAAAACAUGCCCUUGUUACUGAAUAUAUUAAAAACUCAUCAAUCUGUACAAAUGACUCAAUUUCAUUAAAUGAUGUUUACGAUUUCAAUAAUAAUGGCAAUUUACAAUAUAAUCUAUGUGAUGAAAAUAUGAUGCUUGGCAGAAAAAUAUCUGCACAGAUUCAUAAAUCAAAUUAUAAUAUGAGAUUUAUUAACCCGAAAAAAUGCAAAAACACUAAUAUGACAUUAAAUAGAUCCCUAGGUAUUGAAUCCAAUAUGAAUUUUAUAAGCUUAUCAACAAUCGACACUAUUAAAGAUAAUGCAAAACAGAGUGACCUACUAAUUGAUAUUCCUAAUCACAACAACAAAAGAUAUCAUGUGAAAGGGUUCUUUGUUUCGCAUAACCAACAACACGCCUCGUUAAAUAAUCUAUGUUCCUUUUAUCAGACAGGAUUUCCAAGAGUUAAUAUCAAGUUUUCUUCUCAAUCUAAUCAUCUUGGUAACACGGGAAAUUUAGAUACUUAUUUGACAGACAGUGCCAAUCAGUUGCAACCCAAAAAGUCAUUAUCCAUGAAUGACUUAUACUACCAGUUAGAUUCUUUAGACUUUUGUAUCAAGUCUAAAACUAGAUUAAACGAGGAAAUAAACGAAACAACUCAUUAUUACAAUGACAAAUUUAAGCGGAUCGCGAAUGAGAUCUUUAACAGCGGGAAAGCAAUUUCUAAAAAAAAUUCGGAUUUUAUUAAAAAAGAUGUUUUUGAAUUCACGAAAUCGAAAGAACCACUAUGUUGUAGAGAUUCGGUCAACCAUCAAACAACUGGCUUCAAAAUAAAUCAAAAUAACAAUUCAAAUCAUGACAACGAAGAAGGUAAAGUUGAUAAACUCAUUGCUCUUUUUGAAUCUGAGCGGAGCCUCCCUUAUUUUAAAAAAUGCCAGAUGCCUGCGCUCAAAAAUUUAUCUACAUCGACAAACUUCAAUCAAUAUUACGACGCGAGUGUUGAAACAAAUAAUAAUAAAACAUCUAACGAAAUUAACGAUACGCUCAAUUAUAGCGAAGUUAGUUUUGUCAAAGUGGGUCAAAAAUUUGACAAAACGAAAAUUCUAAGUAAAUUCGAACGAUCUCUUUCCCUGGCUCGACUUAAAGAGAAAUUAAGCCAACUAUCAAGGGAGAGGGAAGGUUUUGAUUAUUCCGGACCAAUUUACGAAAAUGUAGAAACUAUUAGGAGAUUUUAACAAAGUUUUUAUUGAAUUUCUAAUAGAAAUUUGCAUAAUGUGACUAAUAAUCUUUAUAGUCGCGUAGCCAGAAAUUUCCUACAAAGUGGGGGGAGGUGUGAUUUUUAUUAAAAUAUUUUUUGGGACAUUAGAAGUUUAUUAGAAUUAAUUCAUAUUUUAAAAAAUGACAAUUUCAAAGAACACAUAUUGGAAAAUACAAAAUAUGAGCCAAUAUAUUAGUAUUAAUAAAUAUUAAAGCUAUAUAAACCAAUAUGUAGAUCACAGUUAAAUAUAGAAUUAAACAUAUAAUGAUUUAAA